GGUGGAGCUGAGACAGGUGGCUGCUCUUUAACUAGAGAGAGGAGACACGGCUAGAGAGAACUGCACUGGGACUGACAGAACACACAGCCUCCCAGGAUGUUCAGCAAGAAGAAGGAGUACGACCUGGUGAAAGUCGCCCAGAGCCAAGCUAAUGACGUGGCCGUGCUGGUGGUGCGCAUGCAGAGUAAUGCAGACCAGGUGGAGAAGAAUGUGCUGCGCUCUGAGGAGCUGAUGGCUGUGGACACAGUGAAUGAGAAGAAGGACAGGCCCUUACUGCACCAGAAGAAGAAUGCAGAGAUCCUGGCUGAGGCUGAGGGGCUGCUGAAGGACCUGUUCCUGGAUGUGGACCGGGCCAAGAAGCUUUCACACCCACAGGCUGGAGAGAUAGAGAGCGAUGUGAGAAACCUCCAUGACCGCUGGUCUAAGGACUGUACCAUGUACCGGGACCUGUAUGAGGCAGUGCAGGAGGUAGAGCUCACUCCCAGGAUUGACUGGACUCAGGUGCUGGAGGAGAAACAGAAGCAGAUAAGUACAGAGGGGUAUGGGCCCAACCUGUCUGAUGUGGAGAAGCAGAUUGCCUCUCAUAACAUCCUGCACCAGGAAAUCGAGGCUUACGGCUCCCAAAUGAACCGCAGCAGCACUGGCUCUCCGGCAAAGUUGUCUACCAUUCAGAGACAGUACACAGAUCUCUUGGAGGCCUCCCUGUGGAGACACAGGUACCUGGCCUCUCUGUAUGACUACAUGCAGGGCUGCAGUAAGGAGCUUGUCUACCUGAGCGAGUACCAGGAGAGGAUCCUCAAGAAGGACUGGAGCGACCGCAUGCUGGACCCCCCAGGGGUGCGCAUGGAGUACGAGAAAUUCAAAAACAACACUCUGCUAAUACAUGAGAGCGAGACCAUCCAGCUACAGAUGGAUGGGGAUCGUCUCCUUGAAAUGAAGCACCCUGCCAGCUCCACAAUACGGGCACACAGCGACGCAUUGCAGAAUGAGUGGCAGAGCUUCCUCAACCUGUGCAUCUGCCAGGAGGUACACCUUGACAACAUAGACAACUACAGGAAGUACCAGUUGGAUGUAGAGACCUUGUCUGAGUCUAUGAAGAGACUCAACUCUAAUCUGGACCCCAAAUCACUGGACAACAAGAGCAACCCAGAGAUCCUGCUACAGCUUGAGGGUGAUGAGAGAGCGAUAGAGAGGAACGAACAGCGCCUCGUAGCCCUGAGGGAGUUCAGCAGCACCAUCGCCCCUCUGAAGCUGCGGCCUCCGCCCCACCAAACCCACCCCGUGGUGUCCCUGUGUGAAUGGACCAACGGAGAGGACUCAGUGUCUCAAGCAGAGAAGCUCAUGCUAAAGUCCAACUCAGACAAUGAGAACUGGGAGGUCCAGACCAGCACUGGGAAGACCAAAACCCUGCCUGGAACCUGCUUCCUGGUCCCACCACCAGACACUGAGGCUCUUGAGAAAGUGGAAAGUCUGGACAGAGAGCUUUCUAACCUGAAGAGAAAGAGAACUACUCUGAUGGCCUCCCUGAGGAGCCCCAGUGUGGAGGUGGUGCGCUCAGUGAGAGCAGCCCCUGUGGCUAGUUCCCCAGAGGACCCAAAGACCACAGUGCUAGCCAGCCAGCUGGACAAGAUCAGCAAGAACCUGGACCACAGUGAGAAGGACAUCCUGAGCCGGCUGAGGGCCCCUCUGGAUCGCAGUGACCCCACACGUGACCUGGCCAACAGGCUGAAGGAGCAUGAGAGGGCCACCCUAACUGUGAGGAACCUUGAGGCAGAGAAGGCAGCGGUCCAGAGAGAUAUGGAGCCCAUCCUAGCCCAGAAGCCCCUUGGGCCCACCACCUCCGCCCUGUCCCUCAAACUGAGUGGUCUUAACAACAAGUUUGACGACACCAACGUCCUCUGUGACCUGUACAACAAAAAAGCCACAGCUUCCAUGUUCCUGGAGAGGCAGAUCAAUAUGGUGGACAACUCAGUCUCUGGCUUUGAGGAGCAGCUGGCUGAAGAUGCUGCCAUCCCUGAUGUUCCCAACGUCCUCCAGACACGCAUCCAGAAGCUUCAGAACAUGCGGAAGGAUGUAGCGUUAAAGCAGGAUGAGAUGCUGAAGCUGAGCAGGGACUUGGAGUCCACAGAGCAGUUGAGCAGCUCCCUGCAGAAGGGCUUCCAUGAGUACUGCCCAGACAUCCGCCGCCAGCAGACAGAGGUCAAACACCUGAAGAACCGUUAUGCCAACGUCAACAGUCAGCUACAGGAGAGAACGUUUCUGAUGCAAGAGGCAACCAAUAAGAAUCAAGGCUUCCAGAGCUCUGUCCAAUCAUUGAACUUAUUUUUGACCAACCUGCCUAAUAAUACGAUCAAGCCAAGUGAUGGACUUUCUCAAAUUAACUCCAAGCAGAACUCUCAGAAGAGAGUGGUGGAGGACAUAAAAAGGAAAUCAGAUGAUGUGGGCCUAGCAGUGAAACAGUCCCGUGACUUGCAGAAUGUCCUCAAUGAGUAUGAGGCCAAAUCUGAUAAGUACCGUGGUACACUGAAAGAUGUGGAUGAUGAAGAUGCCAAAAGACGUCACACAUCCGCCAUGGCUGACGCUGUGCUGAAAAAGGAGAGAGCUCUAUUGAACCUCUACUCAGAGGUGUCUGCAGAGAAUGAUCAGCUUCUCAACAAGAUGGGAUUGGCUAAGAACAUAAUUGCCCAGAAUGAAGAGAAGGUGAGCCAGGUGGUGGUGAAACAGCAGCGGCAGCUGCAGAGUCAGCAGAAAGACCUGGAGGAAACAGACGUUCUAGAGAGAGAGCUGGCGGAUGAGAUCACCAGGCGCUCCCAUGCUGAGAAUGACCUAGCAACAUACAGAAAGAGGUUUAUUUCACUGAAAAGCCGCAGAGGCGUGGAACGAAUGGAGGAGAAGGAAGUUGUGCAGUACUACCGUGACCCCAAACUAGAGAGUGACCUGGUGUCCCUGAAGAGUAGAAUCCAAGAUGAGACUGUAAAACGCUCUAGUACCCGGACAGACAUAAAGGUUGUCAAUGAGAAUAUCAUCCGCCGGGAGACUGAGCUGACAAAUGUCAAACCUAGGCUGUUGACCAAGGUGUUGACUGAGUUUGAGAGGGACCCCCAGCUUGACAAGGAGGCCACCAAGCUGAGAGAUGAGAUGCGCAAGCUGGAGCAGGAGGUCCAGGUGAGAGAUACAGAGACGGUCCACAUGAAGACUGAGAUCACAGUUCUGGCACAGAAGAGACCGACUAUCAAGGAGAGAGUAGUGAAAAAGGAGGUGGUGAGACUGGAGAAGGACCCGGAGAUGCUGAAAGCAGUUCUGACCUUUCAGACCGAGAUCUCAGAGGAGGGGUUAAGAUCCAAGUCCCUCAAUGAUGACAUAUUCCGCACUAGGAGCCAAAUAAACACACUUGAGAGGGUCAUUCCCACUAUCCAGCCUAAGAUUGUUACCAAGGUGCUGAAGAGGGUGGAACAGGACCCUAAACUCAUUGACGAGGUCAAGACUAUCCACACCAGCCUGGAAGAGGAGAACAAGAUAAACAGUGAUUUGAUAAAGGAGCUCACCAGCCUCCAGAUCCGCUACAGUGAAGUGGAGAAGCUGCGGCCCAAGCUUGAGGUCAAGGAGAUCAUCAAUGAGAUCUACAGGGUGGACCCUGAGACAGAGGUGGAGCUGGUGAGGCUAAGGAAAGAGCUGCAGGACUCUAAUCGAAACCGCACUGAUCUGGAGAAAGACAUCGACUCAGUUAUGGUGGAUCUUAAAACUCUGCGUUCCCAGAAACCCAAGUUGGAGUACAAGGAAGUGACCCAGGAAGUGAUUAAAGAGGAGAAGAGCCCAGAGGUCAUCAGGGAAAUGAAGAGGUUGAACGACCAGGUUUCCCUUCUGCGGGUCUCAUAUGACAGCACCCUCGAUCUGCUGAGCCGCCUGCGCAAAGAGAGAGAUGAAUGGAAAGUCGAAAAGUCUAAGUUAGAGACAAAGCUUGUAAACAAAGAGUUGAUCAAAUAUGAAAAUGACCCACUACUGGAGAAGGAGGCUGACCGUCUGAGGAGAGAUGUGAGGGAGGAAAUCCAGCAACGACGCAACGUGGAGGAAACCGUCUUUGACCUGCAGAACAAGUACAUCAUGCUGGAAAGGCAGAAACCAGAGGAGAAGAUUGUGAUGCAGGAAGUGGUGCGUCUUGAGAAGGAUCCAAAACAAAUCCUGGAGCAUGAAAAGCUGAACAAGAACUUGGAUGAAGAGGUUAAAUCCCGUAGAAAACUGGAAUUGGAAGUUCGCCAGCUGAGAGCCCUGGUUGAGGAGAAAGAGAGAAACUUGUCACUGAUGGACGACCGGCAAAAGAAAAUCCAAGUAGAAAUAGAGCUUAGACAGAUCAAAUCUCGCAUCCUUGAGCUUGAAAAUACCCCUCAACCCAUUGCGGAGAAGAUCAUUAUUGAGGAAGUCCUCAAAGUGGAGAGAGACCCCAAGCUUGAGAAACUAACCAAUGGCUUACGCACAGACAGGGAUACGGAGGAAACCAACAUCAGUCGUCUGGAAAGGGACAUCCGAAAUCUGAAGAUCAAGUUGGACAUCCUGCGCAAGGAGAAAUCCAUUGAAAAGACUGUAUAUAAAGAGGUGAUUCGGGUGGAGAAGGACCAGAAUGUGGAGGCUGAGAGGGACCAUCUCAGAGAACUAGUGUUACAGGAAAGAAGUUCCAGACGGGACCAAGAAGAUGAAAUCCAGAGGCUUAAUACCAAAGUGACCCGGCUCCAGACCACAAAGUCAAGCACCUCUCACGAAGAAACAAGCAUCACCCUCAAUCGAGAUUCCCUGAUCAGAGAGAAGGAAAAUCUCCUCAAAAUAUUGAGGACUUUGGAGUCUGAGAAACAGGACAUAAGCAUAUCGUUCCAGCUGCAGUCCAAGCUGAUGAGUGAGAGAAACCAGAUAAACAGGCAAAGGGGCUUCAAGAUGGAUUCUGAGGUACAACGUCUAGAGAAGGACAUCCUGGAUGAAAAAGACCGGAUACACCAAAAGGAGACCUAUAUUAUGGAGCUGCAGAACAAUCUGAAGAAAGAGGAUCACUCUGAGACACAUACCAGAGAGACCAACCUCUCCACUAGAAUCAGCAUCCUUGACCCCGAGACUGGCAAAGACAUGGCACCAUAUGAUGCCUACUUAGAGGGUCUGAUUGACCGUAACCAGUACAUCCACCUUCAGGAGCUAGAAUGUGACUGGGAGGAGAUCACCUCAAUGGGUCCAGAUGGGGAGACCUCGAUUCUGCAAGAUCGCAAGAGUGGAAAGCAAUUCUCUGUCAGGAAUGCUCUAAAGGAUGGCCGCUUGACCCAGUCCGAUCUGCACCGCUACAAGGAGGGUAAAAUGCCUAUCUCAGAAUUUGCUCUCCUGGUCGCUGGGGAUUCCAAACCGAAGCCUUACAUUGGUCCAAUCGCAACACCAAGGACACCGACAAAGACCACUGCAGCAUCUUCUUUGAGCACAAUGCCAUCAUCACUAAGGUCUUCCUACUCAAAUCUCACAAACAAUAGAUAUGGCAGCAGUAGCAACCUGAAUACUUCUAGCGGUGAUGAGCUCUUCCCAAUCUCUGGGGUGCUGGACACCACCACCAACAGCCGUAUGUCUGUGCGUAGUGCUCUGACUCGAAACCUUAUUGACCCAAACACAGCCCAGAAGCUCCUGGAGGCACAGGCAGCCACGGGUGGCAUCGUCGACCUCAACAGAAAGGACAAGCUCUCUGUUCACAAGGCAGUUGAGCUGGGUCUCAUUGACAAAGGUCACAUGCAUCUGCUGCUGAAUGCUCAGAAGGCCUUCACUGGAGUGGAGGAUCCUGUGACCAAGGAACGUCUCGCAGUAGGGCAAGCGGCUGAGAAAGGCUGGAUACCUCAGGAUAGUGCCGUGAGAUACAUGGAAGCACAGUACCUGACUGGGGGGCUGGUGAACCCCCAUAAAGCUGGUCGCAUUAGUGUCCAAGAUGCUCUUAACACCAAGAUAAUCGACAGCACAGUAGCCAAGAACCUCCAAGACAAGUCUGCCCACACCAAAGAGUUGAUUGACCCCAUCACGAAAGAGAAGAUCUCGUACAAGGAGGCAAUGGAUCGCUGCAAAAAAGAUGUCACUACAGGACUCUUGCUGCUCCCUGCAUCCUCCAGCGGUGACUCCAAAGAUGCACCAACAUACUCCAACUAUCGAUUCUCUGGCUCCUACAGCCAAGUCUAGACAUGUGGCUGACACACAUGCCAGAUCUAGAGUGAUGCUACAGCUCCAGGUGCUAAAUAGAAAUAUAAAUUCAGAUCACAACAACAUAAAGAAACAUAUUCUUAUGAUGUCUUUAUGGUAAAGGUAGAACAUUUUUAUAGUUCUGAUUGUUGAAGUCAGAAAAUGUCUAGGUUGUACUGUAUACAUUUACCUGUUCUUUAGUGAUGCUAUGAUUCUCAAGAGUUGCUGUACACAUAAUUAAAAUGUAUGUACUCAUUAUUAUAUUUUUCUAAACAAACGUUGGUCUCUGUGUGUGAUUACUCUUAUAUGAUGGUGGUAACGGUUGAAGUUCAAGUUGUUUAUUUGUCAUAUGGACAGGAACACAUUGUGGUUGUCACGCCCUGACUCUGGGGACUCGUAUUUGU